UUCUGCCUCAUGGAUUGAACAAAAGAAAAUGGGUUCGAAGGAGAUGGUUGUGGAAGAACUCAUGAGAAUUCAUAGAUCUCUUCCAUCUAGACCAGAGAUCGAAGAUGUAGAAACCGCAACGUCUCUGAUACAGAACGUUGAAAAAGAAGAUCGGAAUCGUUUGGAAGCCAUUGAUAAACAGAUGAUUAAACCUUCCUCUGAUGUUCCUAAAGAGCUUUUCAAUGUGUUGAAGGAGAUGAAGAAAAGUCUUGUGAAUUUCCAAAGCAAAGAACAGAGAAGAGAAGCUACGAAAAUUCUCGAUCUGGAAUCUGUACACGUUGUGUUCGACGAAUUGAUUCAGAGAGCUUCUUUUUGCAUUGCUUCUCCUAACGGCACCAGUACCACCUCUCUGCCUCGGUCUGUUCCGGCACAAGAACCGGUUGUUUCUUCUGAUGAGAUUCUUGUGAAGUCAAAGGAAAUCAUCUCGCGUGAUGAUACGUUUGUGAAGAAAGCUAAAUCUUCGUUUUAUAGUGAUGGGUUGUUAGCUCCUCGUAAGCCUCAGGUUUUGGAUUCAACAUUUCAUCAGGCUAAGAACGUCACAGGCCAUGAUGGGGAGAAGUUGAGUCUCAUAAAACUUGCUAGUUUGAUUGAAGUAUCGGCCAAUAAAGCUACUCCGGAGCUAAAUCUGCAGCACAAGCUGAUGGAUCAGCUCGAAUGGCUUCCGGAUUCUUUAGGCAAGUUAUCGAGUCUUGUUAGGCUUGAUUUGUCUGAGAAUUGUAUUAUGGUACUACCGGCAACCAUAGGAGGGCUUUUGUCCUUGACGAAGCUUGAUUUGCAUUCGAAUAGAAUUGGUCAGCUCCCUGAGUCUAUAGGAGAUUUGCUCAACUUGGUCAACCUGAAUCUUAGUGGAAACCAAUUAUCAUCUCUUCCAUCAUCAUUUAGUAGAUUGAUACAUCUCGAGGAACUUGAUUUGAGCUCUAACAGCCUCACCGUUCUCCCGGAAUCUAUCGGUUCUCUCGUGAGCCUAAAGAAGCUUGAUGUUGAAACAAAUAACAUAGAAGAGAUUCCGCAUAGUAUCUCUGGCUGUUCUUUCCUGAAAGAACUUCGUGCAGAUUACAACCGGCUUAAAGCUCUUCCAGAAGCUGUUGGGAAGUUAUCUACCUUAGAGAUUCUGACUGUCCGUUACAAUAACAUUCGGCAGCUACCCACAACAAUGUCCUCCAUGGCUAACCUCAAAGAGCUAGAUGUGAGUUUCAACGAGCUUGAGUCAGUACCAGAGAGCUUAUGUUAUGCCAAAACACUUGUUAAACUUAACAUUGGGAACAAUUUUGCCAACCUGAGAUCACUCCCGGGGUUAAUAGGCAACCUUGAGAAACUAGAAGAGCUUGAUAUGAGCAAUAACCAGAUCCGUUUCCUUCCUUACUCUUUCAAAACGCUUUCACAGCUGCGUGUUCUUCACACACAGCAAAAUCCACUUGAAGAGCUUCCAAAGGAUAUAACCGAAAAGGGCGCACAGGCUGUGGUUCAAUACAUGAAUGAUCUCGUGGAGGCAAGAAACACCAAAUCUCAAAGAACUAAGCCGAAAAAGAGCUGGGUUAACAGUAUUUGCUGCUUCUGCAAGUCCUCCACCAACUAGAGAAAACAGAGCUGCAUGGAGAUCAUCUAAACCACUCUGAAAAAAAUCUGCCCUUUUAA